GGGCCCCGAAACCGGUAGUAUCGGAAGUGUAAAGGUGCAAAAAAAUAUGAAGGUAGUUUGUUUACUGGCGCAGUUGUGCGCAAUUGUCUACGGGGUGGCAGGCGCUGCCUCUGAUCCAUGUCCGCUGGGAGGCAACUACUGCCCCGAUGGCAAGAUAUGUCAGGGAAAUACGUGUGUCUGGCCCCAGGGCACUGUCGAGUACCAAUGCACGACACUAGGUGAGACAUGCGCCUCGGGCCGUGCGUGUAUCCCCUGCUACCUGCGGGAUUCGGAGCUCUGCUGUCGCCGAGCCGCCCUCCUCGGUUCUGACCCAUACUGCGGGGAGCGGUACCAGGAAAAUAAUAUGUGGAAGACCGGCACUUACUGUCCAGACGGAAAAGUUUGUCAGAAAAUAAAUGGUGCGCACAAAUGUCAGUUCACAACACCACAGCCCAGUUGCGACACUUUCGGUGACAUCUGUGGCCUCGACAGCGACCGAAACUGCGUGCAGUGCUAUUUCCUUCCAGGACUCUGCUGUCGCCGGCGCUCCAAACUCGGGAGCAUUGCUAGCGAGUGCCAGUACGGGGGCACCAACUGCCCGGGAGCGCAAACAUGUCAGCAGACCACCGGAGCCGAUGGAUCUGUCACCAGGACUUGUGUUUAAGCGGACGAUAUGCAUAACAAACAUGUUUAAACGCAUGCUUGGUGUAACGACCCAGCAGCACCUACGAGGGGGUAUCGAAAAGUUCUGAUCAUCACAUAGAAGAUAUAGACCGAUUUUGAUGAUUUUUGGUAGGCAUUAUAUUUGGUUCUCAAGAACAAUGUUCCCGCAAAGAAAAUCCUGAGAAGUGGUUUUAUCUUAUGUAGGAGAGACUUAGAAGUAAAAAAGAUGAGCAUUGGGCCCACUGAGGACCGAACCGUCAUCCAACUAAUGCAUUUGAAACGGUAUCACACUGAUAAAAUACAUCAAGAACGUGAACUUAGUUUAUGGCGAAGAAAGCCCAUCUCAUGCACUUACCGAAAAUGAAGAAAUAAUUUUCAACUUGGUUGCAUAGCCUUUGCAAGGGAGUCAAGAAGUGAGUGACUACCAGUGAUUGACAAGGUGGUGACUGUGAAGGAAGUGGAGGACCUCAUCCUUACAGAUCGUCGUGUGGCCUUUCAGAUGAUUGUGCAACAGAAAGGUCUCAAUGCUGGCAGUGUCUGAAAAUAUUAUCAGCGAAGAACUACAGACGAUAAAGGAGUCAGCCCGCUUAGAAGUUCGUGUGUCUAUGUUCGAGAGAAAAAUUCGUCUUGGCCUUUCGAAACGAAAACUAGGCCUUUUUUAGGGAAUUGAAGACAUCCUUGAUCAUUUGAUGACUUGUGACGAAUGCUGGGUCUAUGUGUAUGAUUCAGAGACAAAAAGAUGAUCUAGAAGUUUAAGCACGGCACAUCUGCCCUUCUUAAAAGGCGAAGAUGCAGAAGCCGAUAUGGAAAGUCAAUGCUCUCAGUGUUCUGGAUCUGGCGUAGGAUAGUCAUUACCGACUGUCUUGAUAAUGGUCGGAUAAUGAUAAGCAUGCGCUACUGCACACUUUUGAAGAAAUUGCGAGAUGGCCUCAAGCAGAAUCGCCGCAAAAAAAGCCCAAGAAAGAUGUUUUAUCCUCACGGACAGUGCCCCCACCCAUUCGUCCUGAGCUGCGAUUCAAGAAACAACAUGAUGUGGACAUUAAAUCCUACCGUAUCUAACAAAUUCACCUGACCGGGUAUUAACUGACUCUUGAUUGUUACGGGAGAUGAAAAAUCCACAGUAUGGCCGGUGAUUGAAGGACAGAAAUGACGUCAUUGAUGAGGUGAAGCAGUGAUUUACGGGACAGUGCGAAGGUUCUACAAUGACCGCCUGAGGCAGUUCAAGAAACGAUGCAAUAAGUUUGCGGUCGUGUGUGGUGACUUGUGAAGAAGUAAUGAACAUCAUAUAAAAAAAAAUCAAAUUUGUAUCACAUCUAAUUCAUGGUGAUGAUCAGAACUUUUCGAUACCCCCUCGUAUAGUAAGGGUUGGAAGACACCAGCGACACCGCUACUUGAGUGUGCUUCGUGUGUAUUUAUGCUUGCUUAUUUCUGUUUUUAUGUUACCUUGCAAAAAUCAAUUUAAGUUGCUGUAUUUGUGAUGUAUGCGUAUCAUCAAAUGCAUAUAUAUUUUAUUGGGCA